AUGGCGGGCUCUCGGCACGUGGGCUCCAUCACCGAGCUCAACCUGAGCGCCUGUCAACCCAAUACCCUGGUUGACAGGAUCAAUGCAGUUCCUGGUCUGAAAACCAGUGCGGCAUUUCUCACAUUCCUUCGCGCCAACCUGGUGCUCCUCGACUCGAGCAUGCCCUCGAACGUGUCAACGCCUACCUUGGGGCCCUCCGCAUCACAGACACUGCCGCCGGUCUCACAUUCUUCGCCCCUCGCAAGUAAUGGCACCAAGCCCCAGGAUAUUCCCGACGAUGAUGAUCUCCCGCCGCUCUCCCUUGAGGUCUUGACCUCCCGCGAGGACAAGGCGGCCGCCCUAAAACUGGUCGCCGACAGCAUCGCCCAACAACGCCAGCGGGCCGCUCUGCACCUCGUCCUCCACCCUCUUCCUCUCGCUGCGCUUCUCGCCGUGCUUGCGGUCAUCUAUCGUUGUGCCUGGUCUCAAAACACGCAGCACGAUCUUGGCACCACGCUCAUGCUGGGAAGCGGUGCCAUCAUGACCUACCUCAUGGCCAUCCGCUUCGUCACCUCGGGCUACAUCCGUGCCGCCGAGGCCAUCUCCUGGGACUUUCUCACCACCGGCCCCGACGGUCUCGAUGAAGAGGAUCUCGUCAUCGGCUCGCGCUACGGGGGUGAAGUUAUUGGCGCCCUGGUCCUUCGAUUCGAGCGUCAACAGCGCCCUUCCUCCUCUGACGGCACCACAACAUCCACAUCCAACGCCAAUAGCAAUGGUACCAACAACGGGUCGCACAGCCGCCGCAAAUCCCAACAACACUCCCGCCAAAACAGCCUCAAGCUUAAAAAGAACGGCGGCACUGGCUUCAUCCGAGCCUGGACCGUCCGCAUGCGGUACCGCGGCCGCGGGCUUGGGGGUGACAUGCUGCGGGAAGCGGUACGGAUUACCCGCGAGCGUUGUGGACGGGACGCCCCGGUCGGGUUUGCGCAGGAGCAUGCGAAUAGUGCGAUGGUAUUGCCGGAAUUUUUCAAUAAGCCGUUCCGGAGGGGGGAGAUGAGGGCGGCUAAGGCGCUGGAGAAGAUUUUGGGGACUUGGGAUGGAAAGAGGCGGUAG